UGUGAUUGUGCGGUUAACGUUGCAUUUACAGCAAUUUACAGUGUGCUGUACUCCAGAGAGUUUCAGUGUAUUAAUUUGUACCCCCGUCAUAAUGCAAUAGCUUUGAAACGCGUAGAACGUGUUUUACUAAGCUGUACGUUUAAUUUCCUGGAAAUAUUUCACUUUACGUGGCUUGAACUAUAAAAUCAGUCAUAUCAGUGCAAAGGUUAGAUUCACUUAGAAGAAAUCUUACCUGAGAAUCAGAUGCAAGUGUGACUGUGACAAGUAGCCACUGGGUUUACUUACAGGCAAUUAGGCCGGGGACAAAAUGGAUAGUAGUAAAGUAGAUGACGAUAAUCAACGUAAUAUUAAUGACGGGGACUGGAUUUGCCCCGAUUCUCAGUGUGCAAAUGUAAAUUUUGCAAGAAGAAACUCUUGUAAUCGUUGUGGAAAAGAUAGAGGAGAGUGUCCUAAAAAAAAGAAAUUGGGUCAAGAAAUUGGAAAAGCAGCUGCAGAAAAAAGCAGAGGCUUAUUCAGCGCUGAUGAUUGGCAAUGUAGUAAAUGUGGCAAUGUAAAUUGGGCUCGCAGACAACAAUGCAAUAUGUGUAACGCACCGAAGUUUGGUGAAAUUGAGGAGCGUACAGGAUAUGGAGGAGGUUACAAUGAUAGAGGAAUUGUUGAGUAUAAAGAAAGACGAGACGACGAUGAUGAUUAUGACGAAUUCGGGCGUCGUAAGAAGAAACGGAAAAUUGAAAAUCGCUCAGAUGACGAUUCGAAAGAUUCUAGGUAUAGCAGCCCUGUACGAAAUAGACCGAAAAAUGAAGAUCAGAGAAAUGUUGUUGAGGGUGAAGAUCAUAAUGAAGAAAACGAAGAAGGCGAAGAGGAGGACGACGAUGACGAAGAUGGAGAUUUGUCCAAGUACGAUCUGAGCGAGUGGGAUGACUUUGCAGUAAAGAAAAAUACAAACGGAAGCACACCGUCCUCAGAGGAGCGAUCAAGAGAUAAAGACGAUUGGCGCGAUUCGGGUACAUCCAGUCAAUGAGAUGCUGCGCAGAAGGAAAGGUGAGAGGAAACCCCAC